CCGUGCCGAUUCCGUGAAUGCUGUUGGGUCAAAAAUAUUCAAAAUUUCAAACCUCGAUGAAGAAGGUUCACAAUGUUUGAGCCAACCUUACCGAGAAAUUCUGUCGAACAUUACACAAUCAAAUACACUGUGAAGGCCAACAGAAGAACUACACAUAUUCUAAAUAUAUAAUACGGUUAUAUACACACAUACACACACACACACACAUAUUACCAACCGCCACUUUCACCUUUUUUUCUACGAUUCUCUCCGGCCAUGGCUGAUCGGAAAGAACAGGUCAAGCCCUUAGCACCAGCGUUUUACUUGUUCCGCAGCGACGAAGAAGACAACACCAACAACGACGACAACAAGAACAAAAGCUUCUUCGCUGAUCGUCGGAGAAACUCGUGCGUCAAACGCUGCGGCUGCGCGUCGGCGAUUCUGGUGAUCGCCGCCGUCACGAUGAUGAUUCUCGCCAUCACCGUUUUCCACGUCAAAGGCCCGAUCGUCAAGAUGACCUCAGUCACCGUCGAUCCCCUCCAGACCUACGCCAACGGAACGAUCGACACCGACAAGAACGUCACGCUCGUCGCCGGCGUCUCAGUGAAGAACCCAAACGCGGCAUCGUUCAGGUACGCGAACACGACGACGACGGUGUUCUACGGCGGAGCGGCGGUCGGCGAGGGGUGGAACGCGGCGGGGAAGGCCAAAGCGCGGCGGACGGUGAAGAUGAAUCUGACGGUCGAGAUUUCGACGGCGAAGAUGUUGGAAUCGCCAGGGUUGCUGAAAGAUUGGGGAUCUGGAGAGUUGACGUUUGACAGUUACACGAGGAUCGAGGGAAGAGUGAAGAUUACGGAUGUUGUGAAGAAGAAAGUUGUCGUUAAAUUGAAUUGUACAGUGUCGUACAACGUCUCUAGCAAGGGGAUUGAACGACAGCAUUGUAAACGACAUGUUAGCCUCUAGGAUAUGCAUUUUGCAUGGUGGUCAACUGUUUUUUUUUUUUUUUUUUUUUUUUUUCCUCCCUUUUCAUCUCUCGGUUGGUAAAUUUUGUUCUUUAUAAGUAUUUCUCAUUUCUGUGUAUGUUUUUAGAACUCCUAGAUUCGACGAUGGUAUAAUCUGUAGGAACAUAUACUACAGAUAGAUAUACCUUUUUUUUCUCUCACAAUGUAAUAUAUAUAAAAUGCUAAAGAAUAGUCUUUUUGUAUUUAAAGAGAAUAUAUCA